CAGCAGUAAUAGUACAACCAGCAGUGGUGGUGUACGACUGAGGGAUCGUGACAGAGAUCGAGACAGGGACAGAGACAGAGAUCGGGAUAGCAGAGAAGGAACAGCAAGUAUUGCGGAACGCAGCAGUGGUUAUUACAGUGAUUUAUACAAUAGCAAUCCAUCAUUGCUGCAUCAUCCGCAGCACAGCCGCUACUCAAGUUAUGAACUACCCCGCCAACACUCGAAGGAGGAUUCAUAUUCACCGCAUCGUUCAUACGGUGAAAAAUCAACAGCCUAUGUGGAUCGACGUACCAGGCCACGAAGUAUUACAAAUCGCCGGGGUGCUAUCAAACAUCAAAAAACACACGAAAUCAAUGGUCAUCGUUUUGUGGCGAAAUUUUUUCGCCAACCAACAUUCUGUGCCUUUUGUAAUUUGUUUCUGUGGGGUUUUGGAAAGCAAGGAUACCAGUGUAUAACCUGCCAAACUGCUGUGCAUAAAAAAUGUCAUGAAAAAUUGUUGGGCAAAUGUUCGGGUUCGGUAUUUGAUUCCGCAAGUACUAUUUUACUGCGUGAACGUUUCAAAAUUGAUAUGCCACAUCGUUUCAAGCCGCAUACAUUUAUGUCACCAACAUUCUGUGAUCAUUGUGGUUCAAUAAUGGGUGGAUUUUUUAUACAGGGUCUGAAAUGUGAAGAAUGUGACGUGAAUUGUCACAAAAAAUGUGAACGUCUUACGGCCAAUUUGUGUGGCGUCAAUCAGAAAUUAAUUGUUGAAGCUUUGGCCAACGUAAAAAGAGGUGCUCGUGAAACCAGAGAUUCACCCAGUACGCCGCCCAGUUUAAAUCCAGCAUAUAAAAUUGAACCAAAUGAAGAACAAGAUGAAACUUCAUAUACAUAUUCACAAUUCCAAAAAUCCGGACGUUUUACACCGCCAGCCACAAUUAUACCUAGAUUUAAGAAUUAUUCAGUUGAUGAUUUUCAUUUCCUAGCUGUGCUAGGUAAAGGCAGCUUUGGCAAAGUCCUAUUAGCUGAAUUACGUGAUACAACUUAUUAUUAUGCAGUUAAAUGUUUGAAAAAAGAUGUUGUCCUCGAAGAUGACGAUGUCGACUCAACGCUGAUAGAACGUAAAGUUUUGGCCUUGGGCACAAAACAUCCGUAUUUGUGUCACCUGUUUUGUACAUUUCAAACAGAGAGCCAUCUAUUCUUUGUAAUGGAAUACUUGAAUGGUGGUGAUCUAAUGUUUCACAUACAGGAAAGUGGACGUUUCACAGAGGAACGUGCACGUUUUUAUGGUGCUGAAAUUAUAUCGGGUCUGAAAUUUUUGCAUAAAAAGGGCAUUAUAUACAGAGAUCUCAAAUUGGAUAAUGUUUUGCUGGAUUACGAAGGACAUGUACGAAUUGCCGAUUUUGGUAUGUGUAAAUUACAAAUCUAUUUGGAUAAAACAGCUGAUAGUUUCUGUGGUACACCGGAUUAUAUGGCGCCUGAAAUAAUUAAGGGCGAAAGUUAUAAUCAAAAUGUCGAUUGGUGGUCCUUUGGCGUUUUAUUAUAUGAAAUGUUAAUUGGACAAUCACCAUUCAGCGGUUGUGAUGAAGAUGAACUAUUUUGGUCAAUAUGCAAUGAAAUUCCAUGGUUCCCAGUUUAUAUAUCAGCGGAAGCUACAAGCAUACUGAAAGGGCUUUUAGAAAAAGAUCACACAAAACGUAUUGGCAAUCAAUACAGUCCAGCUGGAGAUGUUGUUGAGCACAUAUUCUUCAGACCCAUCGACUGGAAUCUAUUGGAGAAACGACUAAUAGAGCCACCAUUUAGACCGCAAGUGAAACACCCUCUCGAUACACAAUAUUUCGAUCGUGUAUUCACAAGAGAACGUGUACGUUUGACGCCUAUCGAUAAGGAUAUACUACAAUCCAUGGAUCAGAAACAGUUCCUAGGUUUUACAUAUACAAAUCCUCAUAUUACGUUGGAUUAA